CGCGGGGAGCUUGGACCUCUCUGAAUGUGGAUAUCCACCCACCUCACCUGGACCUCACAACCCAACCACAACUCCACAGUGGCUCCUUUUUUUUCUGGAGUGCUUUUUGGGGCUGGUCCUUUUUUGAAUCUGUGCUGGUUCCAUUUCACUUUGGCAAAGAGUCAAAUAAGAAGUCAGAUGAGUGGCGCAUCGACGGGCACCACCAGGGACCACCGCAAUAACUAAGCAGAGAGCGGCGCUAAAAACUGCAGGUGUUUGAACGUCUCUCCUCUCUUCCAUUUUCAUCACUCUCAUACGAUCACCUCAGCUAUCAACACCUCUUUCUUCAAAGUGCAGGAGAUACCUCAUCAUCAUCAGCCAGAAUACGAUAAAAGAGAGCAGCAAAAUGUCGUCACCAACAUCCGACAACAGCCCGGUGAGAAGCGGGAUGGAGACCCCGCCUACGCCUCACCCCAUCUCGGAUGAGGUCCUGCGCGCCGUUUACGCGUCAGAUAUGGAAAUGUACCCCGCGGGGCUGUCGUACGACAGACUCUGCAGCUGGGUGGCGGCCUGUCCCGAAAUGUCGAUAUGCUGGUCAUCACCCAAGACGGGAAUACUCGGUGUGGUUAUUGUCUUGCCCAUGUUGAGGGAAUACUGGGAGGACUUGUUGGUGGGAAAACUGAAGGAGCCUACUGUCGACGCGCAUACCAUGUUUCCUCACGACAACAAGAGGGAGCAAAAACCACUGGCGGAACAUGUUGAGGUGGCAGGGGCCAGGCAGAUCGGCAACGGCAAGGCACCAAAUGGAAGGAUAUCUGCCGUGCAGGAGAACGAGGUGCAACAAGAGGUUGGACUGCAUGUUUAUCACAUCGAGCGGUUAGCUGUCGAGCCACCUACCUCGAAGCAGAGGAGGUUUUCAGAGAUUGCUAUGGAGGAGGUUACGAGACGGGCGGCGGAGAAGAAGGGGUGGAAGGUUGUUGGGUUGUCUGCUCUCGUCGCGACAGAUGGUGGGAAAAGGACGUUUCAGCGCAUGGGCUUCAAGAACACCGGCUACAGAGAGCUGUUUGUCACCAAGGUAAUACGCAGGCCUUCGUAUGCCGCCAUUGGCAUCGGGAACAGUCCCAGCAUCCCCGAGGACGCUGUUGACGAGCCCGAGGAGCUGGACAUGCUCUACAUCUACCCUGAAGAUGGAGCGGGGGGCAAGAGCGUCAGUGAGAUUAUUGGAUAUGGCCGGACAGUGGUUGCCAUGUCUGAGAUGACUGUCAAGCGCGUCAGUCAGGAGGAAGGGGAGCUACCAAGUCUGUUAAUGUCAAGUAAUGGGAAUGGCUGUGCAUUGGAAUUAUCGAGCUCGAUUUGA